CGAGCGAAGACACGUGGAGUGACGGUGGCCCAGUAGGGUCAUAUUUCUUCAUCCUAGUAGUUUGCAGGUCGAGAUUAAAGGAUACAUAAUUCUUGGAAAGAUGGCGGAGGGGUUGAAAACGGAGUUAGGUUCAUUUGGCUGUAGUUUCCAGCUUGUAGACAUGGUGCGGCAGAGUAAAAUUGCUGAACUUCAUGCCCUUCACUGUUCUUUUAAGCUUCAGGGGGACUGUUUUAACUCAAUUUCUCCAGUUGAUUCUGGACAGGGACUUAAUGUGAAAUCAAAAGAAUUCUCUACUGAUGAAAUCACAACAGAAAUGGUAAACAGCCAACCCAUCAACAACACUGAACCAAGAAAAAGGAAGAAAAAGAAGAAAACUGCAGCGGCUGAUCGUUUCACCGGCAAUUUCAAUGAUGUCUAUAAGCUAACUGAUGAACUGCUGGGACAGGGUGCAUAUGCUAAAGUACAGGGCUGCAUUAGCCUGAAAAACGGACAGGAGUAUGCAGUUAAGAUAGUUGAGAAGCAUGCAGGCCAUAGUCGGAGUCGAGUAUUUCGGGAAGUUGAGACACUCUAUCAGUGUCAAGGAAACAGGUACAUUUUGGAACUAGUUGAAUUUCUUGAAGAUGAUGCACGUUUCUAUCUUGUUUUUGAAAAGCUGCGAGGAGGCUCUAUUCUUACACACAUACAAAAUCGAAAGCACUUUGAUGAAAGAGAAGCAAGCAGAGUAGUUCGAGAUAUUGCUACAGCUCUAGAUUUUUUGCAUACUAAAGGUAUUGCACAUCGGGAUCUGAAACCGGAGAACAUUGUUUGUGAAUCAACUGAGCAGGUGUCACCAGUGAAAAUUUGUGAUUUUGACUUGGGAAGUGGAAUGAAAAUGAGUAGUGCUUGCACUCCUAUAACCACUCCAGAACUAACAACACCUUGUGGAUCAGCUGAAUAUAUGGCUCCAGAGGUCGUGGAGGUUUUUACUGAUGAAGCUUCUUUUUAUGACAAGCGAUGUGACUUAUGGAGCCUUGGGGUUAUCCUGUAUAUUUUACUCAGUGGAUACCCACCAUUCACUGGCAGCUGUGGAACAAACUGUGGUUGGGAGCGAGGAGAGGCCUGCAAGUUUUGUCAGAAAAACCUUUUUGAAAGGAUACAAGAGGGAAAAUAUGAGUUUCCUGACAAAGACUGGGCUCAUGUCUCUGAUAGUGCAAAGGAUCUUAUCUCCAGGCUUUUAGUACGAGAUGCUAAGUACAGGUUAAGUGCUUACCAGGUUCUUCAACAUCCUUGGGUUCAGGGGGAAGCGCCAGUGAGAAGCUUACCAACUCCACGCUUGCUUCAAAGGAACAGCAGCACAAAGGAUCUGACUCAGUUUGCAGCUGAUGCUGUUGCUUUUAACCGGCAACUUUCCCAGCAUGACGAAGAGCAGGAUGAUGCAACAGAUGCCUUCUGCUCCAUGAGACUUUCACCACCCUCUAACUCCCGGCUGGCUAGACGCAGAGCUCAGACACAUGCCCUCAAAGCCACAGAUUUCAGAUGAUCAUUCCCCCUAAACCUCCACUGAGUAACUGUACCUAUUGUAGCAGUGUUUGGAAGCAUGUUCAUUGCUAAACUACUGUAAAUCUUUUAAAUUAGUGGUAAUACACUUUAAAUGGAAUUUUUAGACCCAAUAUUAAUUGACAAUGUGAACAUCUUUCUUCCCACUCUGAAACAUUUUUUUAUCUAGUACUUUUUAAAUGAUGCUAGUUCAUUUUAGUUUUCUUUUUGUCUUAAGUCGAAUGAUGGUGUAAAAUAUCAAUCAGUGGAAAUUUAAUUACAGUACAGUUAAUAAUAGGUAUAAUAUAUUCAUUAUUUUGAACCAGGAGAAAAAGGUGAAAACAGUGUGCAUUGUGGUGCAGUAAAUUUAAUGUAUACUUUUUUCCUUUUGCACAUUCAGUAGGACUGGUACAUUUAUUUUUCUUUGAGCUUUAGCUCUGUGUAAGCAUUUAAAAUUGUAGUCAAAGUAGCUUUACAAUUAUGAUACUACAAAAUAGCAUCUGAUGUAUUGCUUUGUGCAUUUUAAAUUUAGAAUUCAAUUUUUUUUAAUUUCAUUGCGCGCUGUACAUAAACGGUUACAUUUUCCUUUUAGUGUUAUUGAUACUGUUAACUGCUCAAGAGAAGGUAGGUGUACUGUAUAAGUGUAAGCACUUCCUUAAUUUCAUUAUAAAAAAAAAACGCUUACACAUUUUGGCAAAUUCACAUUUGUUGAUUUUUUUUUUUUUUUUUUUUUUAUAUAUCAGCACUUUUACGAUAAGCCUGUUACAAAACAUUCAAAAUUUGUAGCUGAAUGUCCGUUUUUAUGUUCUAUGCCACAGUAGCUCUUACCAUUUUUCAAUACUGUGGUAUCUUUAUCUUAAACUUGGUUCCUAAUGGGAUAGUGUUUAUUCAUUGCUGUGACUUGCACAUGUCGUAUUUUAUAUAUAUUUGCACAUUCUUAUACAGGUUGAAGGAAAUUUGAAAAGUGUUAUAUACAGAACACCAAAAAGAAAAUGAAUGUCACUCGUUAAGUUGCCACAUUUUUGUUCACGAGCAUUAGAGUAGUGUGAGAACAAAAAAAUAGUUGUUUACAUGAUGUGAAUUACUUGAAUAUGGUCAAAGAAUUGAAUAAACGGUGUGACAUGUACGUUUGAUUUGAAUUUUAACCGUAUCAACAAAUCUCAGUGUGCUAAAUCAUAAAGUUCAAUAUUCUUGCCAUUUUAAGGUAAAAUUCUUAAGACAGUUACCUGCUUUGUAAUAAACAACUCAGGGUUUAUUAAGUGUACGAUUUGAUUUUUAAACAUGUCUUCUGUGCAUGUUGUAAUGUUUUUAAAUAUAUUUUUUAUAUGUGUGUCUUUUAGUAGCUUUCACAUUGUGUAAAGUAACCGUUAGGUAUAGAAACCUAGAAUCAAGCUGGAUAAGAGAAAUACUGUGAAUUACAUGUACUGUAUGGAGUCAUUAUGCUUUUAAUAUGGAUUAUAAUUGUGUUUUUUAACAGACUUACUAUAUUUUUACCUAUUGACUUAAUUUUGAAGAUUGGUGCAAUUCUUGGAACAUAGUUUAGGCAAUUUAAGCUUUGCAUCUAUUAGGUUAUUAUUUUUGUGGACCUCAGGACAACAUAAAACCAAACAAUAAGCUUUUGCCACCAAGUUAAUAUUUUAAUGGAGUAAAUGUAAGCUGAUAUUCAUUUAUUAUGCAUUAAACUUUUACUGAUGAAUGUGUAUUAACUUCUUUUAACUAGUUAGUAUUAGGAUUAUAUUGAGUAAUACUUUGUUUUGCCAAAGUGUAUCUCUUAUCAUUAACAAUUCAGUGUUUGUAAAUGUACAAAGGCAUUUGUAUGUAAAGUGUCAUGUUUUUAAAGUAUUUUAUAUUUUUUGUUAU